CUCUUCGUCUCCUCCUGGGCCUGGCAGGUCGCUUUGAGUGGCGCGGGCUCGCGGGGCAUCUCAAGCAGGGCAGCUCUGCACGGCCGCCGCCCAGGGAGCCCGCCGGCCCUUGGGGGAGGCGAGGGGCUGCCCCCGGGUUGGGAUCUGUGGGUGUCGGGGCGGCAUCUGCGCCAGCGUCGGAGCCCGGAGUGGGCGGAGGAGCCAGGCAGGAUGCAGACAGUCCAAGCCGGCUCUCCCCGCCCCGGCCCUAGGGGUGGGGUGCUCGAGGGGCCCUUUGAAGCGGGGUGGGCGCGGCCGGCCCGGGAGAGCUUUAGGGGAUGGCAGCUUCAGCUGUCUGCUAAGUGGGGCGCGGGACCGUCACCAGAAGGCUUCCCCUGCGCUCAGGGGGCAGUCGGGAGGACAGGGCACCUCGGGGAGGACAGGGCACCUCGGGGAGGACGGCCGCAGACUCUCAGGGGCUCUACGGAGCGUGACCCCCGCACCCCAGCGGGCGCCGGGCAGGUGGCAGCGCCGGGGCUGGGCUGCGCGGAGGAGGCGGCUUCCCCGACCAGGGGCGGUGGCAGGGGCGGCCCUGGGAUCACAUGGGCGGAGGCAGGUCCCGGAGCCCCGGGCGGGCUCUCCCCAGACUCGGGCAGACGGCGGCGGGAGCGGCGGCGUCUCCUCGCCCCCUCCUUCCCUUCCCUUCCGUCCUGGGCCUGGCCGCUCAGCCCGACAGGUGAGCCAGAGCCAGAUGAGCGCGCCCACCUGAGCGCCAUCCGCACAGCGGCGCCCUGCCCUGGCCGGCCCGGGCUCCUUCGCCCCCUGCGCGCCCGCCGCCCCCUCGGCGCCCCUCGCUCCUCUCCCUGCUGCCUCCCUCGCGGUUGGCGCCCCCCGCGGGCUGGGCUUUCCCCGUCCCGGGCGCUCCUCCUCCAGCCCCUGGCGCGGGUACUUUGGCCUCGGAACGUGGAAGGCGCCAGAACUGGGAGAGCCGGGCCCACGCGCUGGGCACCUCCCGGCGGCCCCCGCGCGGAGUCCACUGGCCAGCUCAAAGGUAUGGCGCUGACAGUCGAUGUGGUGGGGCCGGGGCCCUGGGGCUUCCGCAUCACUGGGGGCAGGGAUUUCCACACACGCAUCAUGGUGACCAAGGUAACCGAGCGGGGCAAGGCCGAGGCUGCUGACCUCCGUCCUGGCGACAUCAUCGUGGCCAUCAACGGGGAGAGUGCAGAGGGCAUGCUUCACGCCGAGGCCCAGAGCAAGAUCCGCCAGAGCCCCUCGCCCCUGCGGCUGCAGCUGGACCGGUCUUGGGCUGCCUCUCCCGGGCAGACCAAUGGGGACAGCUCCGUGGAAGCGCUGGCGACUCGCUUCCAGGGCUCCGUGAGGACGCACAUUGACAGCCAGUCCUCCCUGAGGUCUUCCUGCUCCAGCCCCACCUCCCUCAGCCCCCGGCCAGACAGCCCCUUCUCCACGCCACCACCCCCCAGCCCUCACGGCCUCUCUGGAGAGGCAGUGAUCAGCCGCAAUUUCCAGAGCCUGGCACAUUCUCCAGGACUCGCUGCUGCUGACCGCUUGUCCUACGGGGGCCGCCCCGGAAGCAGACAGGCCAGCCUCGGCCGCGCUGGCGACUCGGCUGUGCUAGUGCUGCCGCCUUCCCUGGGACCCCGUUCCUCCAGCCCCAGGCUCAGCAGUGUGGACUCAGAAGGGGGAAGCCACCUCCCGAGAGAGGACUCAGAAGUCUUCAAGAUGCUGCAGGAAAAUCGCGAGGGGCGGGUGGCCCCCCGGCAGUCCAGCUCCUUUCGGCUCUUGCAGGAAGCCCUGGAGGCCGAGGAGAGAGGUGGCCCACCUGCCUUCCUGCCCAGCUCGCUGAGCCCCCAGUCCUCCCUGCCCACCUCCAGGGCCCUGGCCACCCCGCCCAAGCUCCAUACAUGUGAGAAGUGUGGCACCAGCAUUGCGAACCAGGCUGUGCGCAUCCAGGAGGGACGGUACCGCCACUCGGGCUGCUACACCUGCGCAGACUGCGGGCUGAACCUGAAGAUGCGCGGGCACUUUUGGGUGGGGGACGAGCUGUACUGCGAGAAGCACGCCCGCCAGCGCUACUCCGCACCCCCCACCCUCAACUCCCAGGCUUGAGUGCCCUCAAUUCUGCGGGUACCUCCGCGCCAGGGCCACUCCAAUAACAAGUUGGCAUGGGAGGGUGAUGGUGGGUGGUGGGGUCCCCUUCCUCCUUGCUGGGUGAGGCCAGAGGCUGGGACCUGUCUUGGACUGUGGGUGAGGGCAGCCCCCGUUCCCAGGCCUCUGCUAGGUACUCUUGCUUGCCCCUCCAGGACAGGCCGUGCACCCAAGCGUGAGGUGGGUGCUGCACUGGACAUCUUUGCCCAGCAGGGUUGAGCAAGGUGGGACAUGGAGAUAAGCAUCUAGAAGGGGAGGGGUGGGCCAGAGGCUAACGGUGUUCACUGUGUAAAGUUUUCGACAUAUAAAUAUCUGUACAUGGACAAAAUAAGUAGACGCCCCUCUUUCCUCUCCUUUCCUGCCCUGGCCCCUGGGGGUGGUGGAGAGAAUUUUUUCACUCUCAGUCUCCCCUCAAAGCCCCGCCCCAUGUGGUGCUUCGUCACAUGACGCCCCCCUGCUGGAGGCUUGCUUCUUUAGUCAGGGUAGUGCUCUUCCUGGAUCCUUUUGUAAAGACGCCUGUUCCACUGGGACGACCCCCGGUACUCGGGGGUACUGGGGCCUGGAGGACGGGCAGCAGAGAAACAGGAGGCAGGCCCCAGACCCAUUGUGCCCAGGCCCAUCUCCGUGACAGUCUCAGGCUCUGCCAGCACCCGCGGGCUGGCGCUCUGUGCCCCUCGCUCUCCCUGGUGUGGGUGCUGUCAGCCCUGCUGACUUGCCCAGAGGAGCUGGGUGGGCAGGAGGGGCAGCCUCUGGAGUACUCACCAGAAAUAACCUUGGACAGAGCUGCAGGUUAGCCUUGCCUGGGAGGGACAACCCAGCAGAGCCGCCACCGAGAUCACCACCCCCCAAGAGCCUGGCCUCCAAGCCAGGGCUGGUCUGUGCUGGCUUCAUUGGUGGCGGAUUUGAAAAAAACCUCAAUGCUCAGCCAGUGCUGGGCGUGCCUGCUCUAGGAGAUGUCUGAGUGAGGCGGACAGCAGUGGUUCCCUGCCCGAGUUCUGCCUGAUUCACCCACCAGCCCAGUCCUAAUCCUAGAGAACAUUUCAGAAAGGCACAUGGGUACUGCUGGGUGCUCCAGACCCACCCCGCCCCCCAGCUGGAUCAGCCUGACGGACAGGCCGCAGCCUCGGCUUUAUUUUCAUAGGAAAGAUCAAAGCUGGGCUUCGGUGGGUGCUUUGUGCUCUCUGGCUCUCUUUGGAAGGCAUCUUGGCGGAGACUAUUUGUGUUGCUUCUUCAGGCACCUGAUAUAAUUUACACCUUGAUAUAAUCAUUUCACCUUUUGCCUGGAUGGCUGCCUUUAUUUUCAUAGAAAAGAUGAAGGCUGGGGCCGGCCCCGUGGCAUAGUGGUUAGGCUCGCAUGCUCUGCUUCGGGUGCCCAGGGGCGCCAACCUACACAAUGCUCAUCAGGCCAUGCUGUGGUGGUGUCCCAUAUACAAAAUAGAGGAAGAUUGGCACAAAUGUUAGCUCAGGGACAAUCUUCCUCACCAAAAAAAAAAAAAAAAAAGAAAAGAUCAAGGCUUUCUGUGGCUCAGGAGAAUGUCAGGCUGGGACGGCUGGUCCAAAUAGGGUAGCCUCCUUGGUGCCACCUAGUGUCAGGUGUAGGCCAUGUGAGAAUGCUCACAAAAACGCGAACUUGCCGUGGGUAAAUACUUGGGUUCCAGACAAUGGGACUAGAGAAAGAUAGCACUUUUUUUGCUUUCCCGAAGAUAAUAGUCCAGUGGCAGCGACUGAGCUAGCAUGAAUGAAACAAUGCUUGGGCAGUGAGUGCUGAGAGCCAAUGUGGGGCACACAGGAGCCCGGUGAGUUCAGAGCAGGGCCAUCUGUGUGAAAGGAUGACCAAGUGGAGGAGAGAAACGCCAAGUGCAAGUGGAACACUCAGUUUAGUGCAGUGGCCGAAGGGGAUACUGAGAUAAGAUUGGAAAGGGAGAUGGGAGCCUUGAAUGCCAGAAGAAAUGGUUUGAACUUCACCUUGAGGCUCUGGGGACACUGAAAAUUUUAAGCAGGGAAGUGACAGGUUGGAAGGGGUGGGUUGGAAUAUUAUUGUGGUCAGAUCCCUGCCUGUAAUAAACGAUGCUGGGCCCGCAGUGUUUUAAGGAGUGGAGAACAGAUGGGGAGUGGAGACACUUGUGAAAUGGGAGUGCCAGCGAGCUGGUGAACGCCUUUCAAAGGCCAGGGCUGGAUGGGUUCAAGCUAAAACCCACCUCUAGUUGUGGCAGCCAGCUGUCUUGCGAGGGGCCUGAGGGUUUCAGUUCCAGAGCUCUCUGUAGCCACGCGGGAGCCCGAGCCUGGCAGUGAGCUUCUUUGGAAGAUGAAGUUAUUAGCCAAGCCUGUUUGUCAGCAGAGCCAGUUGAGGGCAGUCUUUGAUCUUUGCCCCAGCCCUCAACCCCACCAGACAUGGUGGGGGGAGGCCACCCAGUUAUGCGACGGCAGGGCCCUCUUUACUCUUUUCUGCAUUUUGGGGAAUAACUUCAGAAAUGAUGACAGAUUUGAGGUAGAAGUGGUCCAAGAGAGCACCUAACACAGCCCCCUUCAGAUGGAGAUGAGAAAGUGACUUUCCCAAAGUUACACAGCCAGGUGAUUCUCAAGUGCCGGAAGUGCUUUAAGUGCCCUGACCCUAGUCCUCACAGUGCUGAGGCGGGUAUUGUCGUCAUCCUUGUUCUAGAGAUGAGGAAACUGAGGACAAGGAGGAUAAGUGACUGGCCCAAGGACCUCGCUGGUAAGGGAAGGGGGCUGGGAUGAAACCUGGAGCCUGACUGCUGGGUUUCUGGCUUGCCUGGGAGUGCUCUGGCCCCUCCAUCACCAGGGGCAGCCUUCCAGGCCAUAAGGGAGGUGGCCAUAGCUCCGAGCCAUCUCCAGUCUGGCAGGAGCUCCCCCAGACUCUUGGCUUUGCCCUUGUUCCCACAGGGCCUAGCUCAGUGCUGAGCUUGUAGGAAAUGCACUUCCUGAAGCUGGGAAUUCCCCCUCGGAGGGUGAGGGGCAGUGGGGCAUCCCUGGCCUCAGUCUGAGGGAUGACUCUGCUCCGGCCACCCUGUGUCUCAGGAACUCACAGGCAGCUGCUCACCCCUGAGGUGGCAGCCAGGAGUGGCUGUGCUGCCCCUCCCAUUCCUUCAGGCAUCACUCAGAGGGAGAUGAUUCUCUGGUAGUGGGUAGUAGGCGGGUGAAGGAGAAACUGCGGAGGGGGUUGUGCAGGGCCACAGAGCUCUCUGGGUGGUGAAGGCCUGGCCCAGCUCUGCACACAGGGCACCCACAGUCAGGGCAGCAGAAGGCAGAUGGGAGGGAAGUGUGUGGCCCCCAAGGAGAUCCCCAAUCACCAAGAGGGCUCCAGUAUAUCUGCAUGCAGUGGGUGGUGGAGCUGGCCUGGAGGGAAGUGUGCGUUGGGGUGUGUGUGUGGGGGGGGGAGCAUUCUUUUGAGCCCACGUCAAGCCUUGUGCUGACACUGCUCUCCUGCUGACUGGGCUUCCUGUCCCAGAUGCAUUCCUGCCCGAGUCACCACGGAGACUGCUUGGAAUCUGGCCUUACAUUCUCCAAAUUCAGGGUGAGAUCUGGCAAAGGUUCCCUCCCUUCACCUCCCCACUCUCUUACUUUGGAGGGAGGAAGCCACCUGACUGGCCAGCCCUCCUACCCUCCUACCCAGGGAGGGCUGGGAUGGGGUCUGGCACGGCCUGGGGGGUUUGGUGCCACAUAUCCUGUUGGACUUGCAUACAGCAGUUCCUGCCAGGCCCAGCAUUCUCUGUUUCCCUCUCUGUAUCUGGAAAAGAGGAACGGGGUGGGGGUGCUGUCCAGGAGGAUAGGGUCUGGAGGGGCAACCCAGAGGACUCAUGAUUAGCAGGGAUGGGAUUGGCCUAAAGUCAAGGUGUUAAGAGACGGCCUGUAAUUCAGGCACUUGGUCUUUAUUCCUUCUGGGGGCUUGGCUGUGGGCUUCCGUUUCCCCAUCUUAUAAAGUUAGAAUCUUGCAGUUUGUGGUUUUUUGGUGAAGGCUCCUGCCAGGGUGGUUCAGGAAGGGUAGGAAGGAGCAAGGAGCAGAAGGUGGGGGGGAGGGGCGCAGACUGUCUUCUCCCUCCCAACGAACAGACGCUUCCUCCCACUGGCUCCAGCCCCAGCCUCCUCCCCCAGAGGCUCUGGGGCAGGUCUGCGCAUCCGCCAGCUCCCUUAUCUGCCUCCAGGGGAUUGGGAUCCUGCUGGGAUCUUUUUCCAGCCGGAUCACCUUCCUCAGGAGGAUGAAGUUUCCUUGGAGGCCACCAGCCCGUCUGGUUAUCAGACAGUCUCACCUUCAGCAGCUGCCUGGGCUCCCAGCCCCCUUUCAGAGUGUGGGGGUAGAAUCCCAUGGACCAAAAGAGGGUUGGGGUGGGGACAGAGAAGCAUUUACACUUCCAACGCCUCCAGGCUGCUCCCCUGUCCCCUGGCUCACUUCUUCCCCAGAUCCUGAAGUCCCACCCAGCCCCCAGCUUUCGGGUACCCGGGUGAGGAAGAAGAACGGGGCGAGGAGGGGAUUCAGAUCUAGCCCAGGAGACAGGGCGCUCUGCAGUUGCUGGAAAGGACUUCCCGGGGGCAGGAAUCAUUUCCCCCUUUUACCGCACCAGGCUUCUGAGCGGCUGAGCGACUGAGCCCCGGGCACGCAGUGGGGAGCACCGGGACGCCCGGGUCCUGCUCCGCUCUUCCCACG